AUGGAUAACACUGAAAAUAAUGGGAAUUUUAGGACACUUAUUUUGAUCGAGAGGAACCUGCACACAGACCAACAGGCAAAAAUUCAAAUAGAACAAGGAAGUAUUGAAUGGUUGAAACUCAGGAAAGGAAAAUACGGGCAUCUUAAGGCUCUCGCCAUGGGACCUGUGGGACCACUCAGCUUAAGAUCUCAGCGCAGACAACUGGCAGGACAGUUUACCCAUGGCAAAGAGAGAGGGAAGGGGGCAGCAACUUUUGACACCAUCCGCGCCCCCAAAUCUGAAGCCGUGUAUAUCAGUCGCGUUGCCCUACUCAGUUGUAUAGUAGAUUUGAGUGAUUUUGGCUUCUCUCUGGGCUCCACAGUGCAGUCUCACACUAAGGGAAUUUGGAUGUGGUGUGUGCCUCAUCCCAAUAAGCCAACCCACACCCUAGUUCUGCUUGACACCGAGGGACUGGGAGAUAUAGAGAAGGGAGACAACCAGAAUGAUUCUUGGAUCUUUGCUUUGGCGAUACUACUGAGCAGCACUUUCGUAUACAAUAGCAUGGGAACCAUCAACCAACAGGCCAUGGACCAACUGCAUUAUGUGACUGAGCUGACAGAUCGAAUCCGGUCAAAAUCCUCACCUGAUAAUAGCGAGUGCUGUGACUCAGCUGACUUUGUGAGCUUCUUUCCAGACUUCGUGUGGACACUAAGAGAUUUCUCCCUGGAACUGGAAGCUCAUGGAAAACCUAUCACUCCUGAUGAGUACUUGGAGAUUUCACUGAAGCUAAAACAAGGUACUGACCAAAAAGCUAAACGCUUUAAUGAGCCUCGAUUGUGCAUCCGGAAGUUCUUCCCCAAGAAGAAGUGCUUCAUUUUUGACAGACCCGCUCCAAGAAAGCACCUUAUUCACCUGGAGCAGCUAGAGGAGGAAGAACUGAGCGAGGAGUUUGUAGAACAAGUUGAAGAGUUCUGCUUCUACAUCUUCAGCCAAUCCAAGGCCAAGACUCUUUCAGGCGGCAUCAUAGUCAACGGGCCUCGUCUGAAGAACCUAGUACUGACCUAUGUCAAUGCCAUCAGCAGUGGAGAUCUGCCCUGCAUGGAGAACGCAGUUCUGACCUUGGCUCAGAUAGAGAACUCAGCUGCAGUGCAAAAGGCCAUUGUCCACUAUGAUCAACAGAUGGGCCAGAAGGUGCAGUUGCCCACAGAAACCCUGCAGGAACUUCUGGACCUGCACAGGGCCAUUGAGAGAGAGGCCAUUGAAGUCUUCAUGAAGAGCUCCUUCAAGGAUGUGGACCAAAAGUUCCAGAAGGAAUUAGGGGACCAGUUACAAGCAAAGCGAGAUGAUUACUGUAAACAGAAUGCAAAAGCAUCCAAAGAAUGUUGUGAGACUUUACUUCAGGACAUUUUUAGUCCUCUUGAAGAAGAUGUGAAGCAGGGAAUAUUUUCCAAACCAGGAGGUUAUCGUCUCUUUAUUCAGAAGAAACAGGAGUUGGUGAAAAAGUACUAUGAGGUGCCCAGAAAGGGGAUACAGGCAGAAGAUACACUGAUGAAGUACUUGGAAUCCAAAGAAGAUGUGGCUGAUGCACUUCUACAGACUGAUCAGUCACUCACAGAAAAGGAGAAAGAAAUUGAAGUGGAACGUGUAAAAGCAGAAUCUGCAGAGGCUGCAAACAAAAUGCUAGAGGAACUCCAAAAGAAGAAUGAGUUAAUGAUGGAACAGAAAGAAAAGAGCUAUCAGGAACAUGUGAGACAAUUGACAGAGAAGAUGCAAAGUGAUAGGGUUCAGCUAAUGGCAGAACAAGAGAAGACCCUUGCUCUGAAACUUCAGGAACAGAAACUACUUCUUUUGGAGGGAUUUGAAAAAGAGAGCAAGAAACUUCUAAACGAGAUCCAAGAUAUCAAGAAUAGACCAGUAGAUAUAGUCUCAGGGUGUAUCAUACUCUGA